GCAACCCUCGAGCUGUGUCUUGGAGCCUGUCCUCCUAGGUUUGGGAAUCUCCAAUUAGUUCCAUCUCCAGCGCUCCGUGCGUGUGUGUGUGUGUGUGUGCGCGCGCGCGCGCGUGUGUGUGCGUGUGUGUGGUGUGUUUAGUUAGCUGGCACGCCACCCACUUCCCCAGGGUUGUGCUUCCUUUUUCCUGAGAUUUGGCGAAGGGUAAAGGGUCAGAGUCACAUGGAUACAAAGCAUUUGAUUAAUGUCCAAGUCACCGCUGGGGCCGCCAGAGCCGCUUCCCCUCCAGCCCGGGCCGUGUGAGGCCAGAGCCGCGGGACGCGGUGCGCAGGUCCCGGGCUGCAACCCGAGCGCCCCGGAGCGGCCUCGGCGGCAGAGCCUCCCCGCCGUCCGCGCUGGACGAGCGGUCGGCGCCCCCUCCUCUGCCCCCGCCCCCCGCUCCUCGCGGCGCGUAAAGUCGCCCGUCCCUCCGCGGACCCAGCGGAGGCGGCCACUACUGUCCCUUCUGGCGGCGCUGGGCCGGGGCAGCGGCGCGCAGCACGGCGCCCACCAUGAGCGACGAGAGCCGCGGGGACAGCCGCGCCGAGAGCGCCCGGGACCUGGAGAAGCAGCUCCGCCUGCGCGUGUGCGUGCUGAGCGAGCUGCAGAAGACCGAGCGCGACUACGUGGGCACGCUGGAGUUUCUGGUGUCGGCAUUCUUACACCGAAUGAACCAGUGUGCAGCAUCCAAAGUUGACAAAAAUGUAACAGAAGAAACAGUGAAGAUGCUGUUCUCCAACAUUGAAGAUAUCCUGGCAGUGCAUAAAGAAUUUUUAAAAGUCGUGGAAGAAUGUUUACAUCCAGAACCUAAUGCUCAGCAAGAAGUGGGGACCUGCUUUCUUCACUUUAAAGACAAGUUUCGUAUCUAUGACGAAUAUUGCAGUAAUCAUGAGAAGGCUCAAAAAUUGCUCUUUGAGCUUAACAAAAUAAGAACAAUCCGGACUUUUCUAUUGAACUGCAUGCUACUUGGAGGACGGAAGAACACAGAUGUUCCCCUGGAAGGAUACUUAGUAACCCCCAUACAAAGAAUUUGCAAGUACCCCCUCCUUUUGAAGGAGUUGCUGAAGCGGACUCCAAGGAAACACAGUGACUAUGCGGCAGUGGUGGAAGCCCUCCAAGCCAUGAAAGCUGUCUGUUCCAACAUCAACGAGGCCAAGAGACAGAUGGAGAAGCUGGAAGUUUUAGAGGAAUGGCAAUCUCACAUUGAAGGCUGGGAGGGGUCCAACAUUACUGAUACCUGUACAGAAAUGCUAAUGUGUGGAGUCUUAUUGAAAAUUUCUUCUGGAAAUAUUCAAGAACGGGUGUUUUUUCUUUUUGAUAAUCUUUUGGUGUAUUGCAAAAGAAAACACAGACGGUUGAAGAACAGCAAGGCAUCCACUGAUGGACAUCGGUACCUUUUUCGCGGCCGGAUCAAUACAGAGGUGAUGGAAGUGGAGAAUGUGGAUGACGGCACAGCUGACUUCCAUAGCAGCGGACAUAUCGUUGUUAAUGGGUGGAAGAUACAUAACACAGCAAAAAACAAAUGGUUUGUGUGUAUGGCAAAAACACCUGAAGAGAAGCAUGAAUGGCUUGAAGCUAUUUUGAAAGAAAGAGAGCGGCGGAAAGGUUUAAAAUUAGGCAUGGAGCAAGACACCUGGGUGAUGAUCUCUGAACAGGGUGAGAAACUUUAUAAAAUGAUGUGCAAACAAGGGAAUCUGAUCAAAGAUAGAAAAAGGAAACUGACUACGUUCCCUAAAUGCUUCCUUGGAAGUGAAUUCGUGUCAUGGCUCUUGGAGAUUGGAGAGAUUCAUAGGCCUGAGGAAGGUGUGCACUUGGGACAAGCAUUAUUAGAAAAUGGAAUCAUUCAUCACGUUACUGAUAAACAUCAAUUCAAACCAGAACAGAUGUUGUAUAGAUUUCGCUAUGAUGAUGGAACCUUUUAUCCAAGAAAUGAGAUGCAAGAUGUAAUUUCAAAGGGCGUCAGAUUAUAUUGCCGUCUUCAUAGUCUGUUUACUCCAGUGAUAAGAGAUAAAGAUUACCACUUAAGAACCUACAAAUCUGUGGUCAUGGCCAACAAGCUGAUUGACUGGUUAAUUGCACAGGGGGAUUGCCGCACCAGAGAAGAGGCAAUGAUAUUUGGAGUUGGACUCUGUGACAACGGAUUUAUGCACCACGUCCUUGAAAAAAGUGAAUUCAAAGACGAACCCCUACUUUUUCGUUUUUUUGCGGAUGAGGAGAUGGAAGGCUCAAAUAUGAAACAUCGACUUAUGAAACACGAUUUAAAAGUUGUGGAAAAUGUUAUAGCUAAGUCAUUAUUGAUUAAAUCCAAUGAAGGCAGCUAUGGUUUUGGCUUAGAAGACAAAAAUAAAGUUCCAAUAAUAAAGUUGGUAGAAAAGGGGUCUAAUGCUGAGAUGGCUGGCAUGGAAGUUGGGAAAAAGAUUUUUGCUAUUAAUGGUGACCUGGUUUUUAUGAGACCUUUCAAUGAAGUGGAUUGCUUCCUGAAAUCAUGCUUAAACAGCAGAAAACCUCUAAGAGUUCUUGUGAGCACAAAGCCAAGAGAGACAGUGAAAAUCCCAGAUUCAGCUGAGGGACUUGGAUUCCAGAUCCGAGGCUAUGGCCCGUCGGUGGUGCACGCGGUAGGAAGAGGAACCGUGGCUGCAGCUGCUGGUCUUCACCCUGGACAGUGCAUCAUCAAAGUAAACGGAAUCAAUGUCAGUAAAGAGACCCAUGCCAGCGUUAUUGCCCACGUCACAGCCUGCAGGAAGUACAGGAGACCAACGAAGCAAGAUUCCAUACAGUGGGUUUAUAACAGCGUUGAGAGUGCUCAGGAAGACCUUCAGAAGUCUCACUCCAGACCUGCUGGAGAUGAAGCAGGGGAUGCAUUUGACUGCAAAGUAGAAGAGGUAAUUGACAAGUUCAACACCAUGGCCAUCAUCGAUGGGAAGAAGGAGCACGUGAGCCUGACGGUGGAUAACGUCCACCUGGAGUACGGCGUCGUUUAUGAGUAUGACAGUACUGCUGGGAUCAAGUGCAACGUCGUGGAGAAGAUGAUCGAGCCCAAGGGCUUCUUCAGCCUCACUGCCAAGAUUCUUGAAGCUCUGGCUAAAAGCGAUGAUCAUUUUGUACAAAACUGCACCAGCCUUAACUCUUUGAAUGAAGUGAUUCCUACGGACCUUCAGAGUAAAUUCAGCGCCGUCUGCAGUGAAAAAAUUGAGCACAUAUGUCAGAGAAUAUCCAGUUAUAAGAAGUUUUCUCGGGUCCUGAAGAAUAGAGCCUGGCCCACCUUUAAACAGGCCAAAUCGAAAAUCUCCCCGCUGCACAGCAGUGAUUUCUGCCCGACCAACUGCCACGUCAAUGUGAUGGAAGUUUCUUACCCCAAAACAUCCACUUCCCUGGGAAGUGCAUUUGGUGUCCAGUUGGAUAAUAGGAAGCCUAAUUCUCAUGAUAAAGAAAAUAAGUCAGAGCAAGGAAAGCUGAGCCCCAUGGUCUAUAUCCAACACACAAUUACGACCAUGGCAGCCCCAUCAGGUCUGUCUCUGGGACAGCAAGACGGGCACGGUCUCCGGUAUUUGUUAAAAGAAGAAGACUUGGAAACCCAAGAUAUCUAUCACAAACUGCUGGGCAAGCUGCAGACUGCACUGAAAGAGGUGGAGUUGUGUGUUUGUCAAAUAGAUGACCUUCUGUCCUCGAUAACACAUUCUCCUAAAUUGGAACGUAAGGCAUCUGAGUCCAUAGCUCCAGCAGACAGUGACAACGAGAAGGGAGAGAGAAACAGCAAACGCGUCUGUUUUAACAUGGUCGGAGAUGAGCAGGAAGAUUCGGGUCAUGACACCAUCAGCAACAGGGACUCGUACAGCGACUGCAACAGCAACCGGAAUUCCAUUGCCUCCUUCACCAGCAUCUGUAGCAGCCAAUGCAGCUCGUAUUUCCACAGUGACGAGAUGGACUCAGGUGAUGAACUUCCCCUGAAUGUUCGCAUUUCACAUGAUAAGCAGGACAAGAUACACAGUUGCCUUGAGCAUCUUUUCAGCCAGGUGGAUUCCAUUACCAAUCUCCUGAAAGGCCAAGCUGUUGUGAGAGCCUUUGAGCAAACCAAGUACCUGACGCCGGGUCGAGGAUUACAAGAGUUUCAGCAGGAAAUGGAACCAAAACUGAGUUGUCCAAAAAGGUUAAGGCUUCACAUCAAGCAAGAUCCUUGGAAUCUUCCCAGCAGCGUCCGGAAUCUUGCUCAGAACAUCAGAAAAUUUGUUGAAGAGGUAAAGUGUAGGAUACUCCUGGCUCUUCUUGAAUAUUCAGACAGUGAGACGCAGCUCCGAAGAGACAUGGUCUUCUGCCAGAGUCUCGUGGCCACAGUCUGUGCCUUCUCCGAGCAGCUCAUGGCGGCCUUAAACCAGAUGUUUGACAACAGCAAGGAAAAUGAGAUGGAAACUUGGGAAGCCAGCAGAAGGUGGCUGGACCAGAUAGCGAAUGCAGGAGUUCUUUUCCAUUUUCAGUCACUUCUGUCACCGAACUUGACAGAUGAACAAGCCAUGCUAGAAGAUACACUGGUUGCACUAUUUGAUUUGGAAAAGGUUUCUUUUUACUUUAAACCAUCAGAAGAGGAACCACUGGUUGCAAAUGUUCCUCUUACUUACCAAGCAGAAGGAAGCCGGCAAGCUCUGAAAGUUUACUUCUAUAUUGAUAGUUAUCAUUUUGAACAACUACCCCAACGUUUGAAAAAUGGAGGAGGGUUUAAAAUUCAUCCUGUUCUUUUUGCACAAGCACUGGAGAGCAUGGAAGGAUAUUAUUAUAGAGAUAAUGUUUCGGUGGAAGAAUUUCAAGCUCAAAUAAAUGCAGCCUCAUUGGAAAAGGUCAAACAGUACAACCAGAAGCUCAGGGCCUUCUACUUGGACAAGUCAAAUUCACCACCAAACUCCACAUCCAAAGCUGCCUAUGUAGAUAAGCUAAUGAGGCCUCUCAAUGCUUUGGAUGAACUUUAUCGACUGGUGGCCUCGUUUAUCAGAUCCAAGCGCACAGCGGCCUGUGCCAACACAGCUUGCAGCGCCUCGGGGGUCGGGCUGCUGUCAGUGUCCUCGGAGCUGUGCAGCAGGCUGGGGGCCUGCCACGUCAUCAUGUGCAACAGCGGCGUGCACAGGUGCACCCUGAGCGUGACCCUUGAGCAGGCCAUCAUUCUGGCCAGGAGCCACGGACUGCCUCCUCGCUACAUCAUGCAGGCUACCGAUGUGAUGCGGAAGCAAGGAGCAAGAGUUCAGAACACAGCAAAGAAUUUAGGAGUCAGGGACCGGACCCCCCAGUCUGCUCCGAGGCUGUACAAGCUAUGCGAGCCGCCUCCCCCAGUCGGAGAAGAAUGAAGAAAAUUCCCAAGGGACCAGGCGAGCAGAAGCUUCUGAACACUGGACUAGACCACGGACAUCCUGGCUAAACAUUCUUCACCCAACAUCAAGAAAUGGAUUUUUUCCUCUAAAUCUUUUAUCAUGGAGUAAAUAACUCAUGUUCAGCUUGUGCUUAGAUAGUUGUGCUGGAAAUGGAUAGGAGUCCAUUCAAACAAUUCAGCUUCCCAAACUGACCUUACUGUAGGUUGACAUGUAUUAUUCAUUUUGUUGGUAAAAAUUCAUCCCUGGAGAUUGUUUUAAAAAUAUCAGCACUAAAACAUUUACCAUUGUGUCUCCUUUCCCAUGUGUUGAAGUUACUGUAUUGUGUUUGCUUUCAUCAUCUCCAAUGGAACAUGUAAUGAGGGAUAGAUCCCUUUGAAGAAGUCUGUCACUGAAGAAACCUGGGCACACUUUCCAAAUCAUCUCAUUAAAAAUGUUACAGACCAGGGAAACCGAGUGUUACAGGUUUUCAGUCGCCCACUUGCACCCAAGAAAGUAGUUGGUGGGUGAAAGGCAAAGAGUAUGAUUCACUCUUCGUAAGAGAGUCUUUCUUAGUAGAGGAGAAGAGAGCCGACUGAGACCUCCAGCAAGACCUUCCUCUUUCGGCCUUCAGGUAAUCUUCACGCUGGCUCGUGGACAAGGCUCCUAGACAUUGCCGGUGAACCGAUGCUGUCCUUGGUCCCUGAAGUGGGCGUGGCUUUCUUGGGGCAUGCGCACUGAUGCUGUGGCCUAAGUGUUCAGGCGAUGGGAAGAGGCAGGGGACUGGGGUGGGAGGGAAAGAAGACUGGGGGGAAGGGGGGGAAACAAGCCUACAAGAAAUGGCAACCUUUAACUUUGAAAGAUACCUAAAACUCUUAAUUUUAUUAAGGCUUUCACAUGAGAUGUCAGUCUCUUAAGACAAUACACUAUUCUGAAUAUUUUUCUGUCAAGGUAUAUAUAUAUAUACCUUAUAUAUAUAUAAGAUGAGAAAAUAAAGCUUUAUUUGUUGAGCGUUAAAAGGACUAUUAGAAACCUCGAUAAUUUAUGAAAUGAGUAGGUGUAUUCUGUUUUCAUUCUAAAGUACACAUAAUGUUUAUCCUUUCUACAUUGAUAAAAUAACAUUUUUAGCAUAGUGAAUACAAUUAUAUUGAUUUUUAACCUAUAAUUUUUAAAACAAAGUGCCCUUCCAGUGAUUGUGAUAUUUACGUGGAUAUAGAUUAAUUUCGUAAGUGAAAUGCUUUUCCUAACUGAAGUAUAUACAAGCCAUUAUUUGAUUUAAUUUAAGAAAUGUGAUAAUAGUUUUCAAACUAUUAUUUAAAAACGUUCAUGACUAGCAGUUGUGUAUUGAAUAAUGGAAAUACUGCAUUACCUAUGUAUGAGGUGUUUAUAUUCUGGUCAAGGUAAUGAUAAAUGUUAUUUGGCACAGAAGCACUUAAGACGUUCAUGAUAAUUCCAUAUCUGUAAUGAAAAAUAAAGAAACCAACAUCAGAGUUUUCAGAGAAAAAGAUGAACAUUUGAAUUUAAUGAAGAUAUGACCUUAAUAUAAAUAUCUGCAUUAAAUAUAUUCUUAGCUUUCAGGGGUUUAACAUUUUUGAUACUAUUGCAAGUGAUCAUGAAGAUCCAUGAAAUGAGUAAAUUGUGAUUAUCCUGUACUGAAAAUUCAAUUACAUUUAAUGCAGGGCUAAUGAGUGAGCAAAACUGAUUAACUAGCCCGUACUUUUUCAUGUUGUCGUUACUGCUCUAUAAUCACCACCCUGGAAGGAACAUUCUUUAUUAGAGGCCUCUAAUAAAGGGGUUACUGAAAAAUUGCCGUCAUCCUUUGCCGUUUCAUGGGGGAAAUUAGCUGCUUUUGUAGUAUUUGUAAAUUAGCAUAUUUUAAAGACCUAAUAAGCUCUAUGUAUUAGGAUGUGCUUAGUACUAUUUUAAGGGUUAAACAUGGUGCAGACGUAGCAUCUAUCAGAGUGCUUGGCACUUAUUAAAAGCUCAAAAGUUAGUGAUGACUUUUUCUUCUUGCUAUAAAAACUGUAACUAAACACUACGUAAUUUCUACAUGCGAAGUACCACCUCCAGAUACUUUAUCUAUGCUUUGUUGCUAUUGCUUUUCUAAUCCGCAUAACGAUGAUUUGAGGUGAUGCUUUUUGCAUCACCCUCAUUUUACAGUAGAGGAACUGAAGCAGGGAAUGGUCCAGUGACUUACCCAAGAUCAUGUGACCCAUAAGCGGUAGAAUUGGGAUUUGAGCCCAGUGAUCCUGCCUUCUUAGAACUCUGUGCUUCUUUUCCUUAUUAAUGUGGGAAAAGUUGUAAUACUGCCAAUUACUUGUUAGUUAAGUUGGAGUUAUGUGGGGUGUGUUGCCAUUAAAUUAUACAUCUUCUAUAAAGAAAAAAGUGAAUGGAAAUAUGUAAAAUGCCUUUAAUAUAUGAAAAUCCUAGGCUUUCCUGGGCCGUUUACCAUCCUGUAUACACACAAGGUAACCCAAUCCGACUGCAAUCUAAAAAAAAUAUUUUUCUCGUUGUUGAAGGUAACAGUUUUUGAUACGUUUUGCAAGUCUGGAAUAGUACAUUGUACAAAAUUUGACUAUGAUUCAUAACAGUGGUAACAGUAAAAAUUUCAAAUGGGUAAAUGAAUAAAAACAGCUCUUUAAUACCAUGGUGUAUUUCUGUGUGACAUUAGACAUUUAACUUGAGUUUUUACAAUGGGUUUACCUAAAUGCUCACGUUUCCUCUACAACCAGUGUACCUUUAAAUGUUACCAAACCUGCUGGCAGUUGCCUAAGUUCUGCCGACUUUAAAGUUCUCAGUUUGGAUGUCUGCAUCUCUCCACUAAAAGGGAAGGUCACACCUAGAAAUUUUGGCUCUUAUUAUGGGACCUGAUGCAUCAAUACUUGUUAACUAGUAAUUCAUAGUCUAUAAAUCAACAUCCCAUCAUGUCUUAUAAAGUUUACUCAUUAAAUAUUACAAAAUAUAAUAUUAAAAGUAUGACUCAUUUGAAGAGAGUAGAAUUUUGCAUCUAUUUCUAUUACAUUGAAUAAGAAAGAAAGAAAGCAAGAAAAGAAAAGAGAGAGAAGGAGGAGAGAGGGAGGAAAGAACUUUUGUACUAGUUUCUACUUAGAUUGGGUAUGUAGUGUUGAAUUUAGAGUGUAAGCUUUAUUUUAUGAACCAAUAUCCCUAUUUAGAAGUCUCAUACUAUAUUCUGUCUUUUUAAAUCACAUUCUUCCAAUGGCUGAGAUUCCCUGUGUGUUCAGUGGCCAUUCUUGCAGCAACAGUGUUCAAUCUAAAAUUAGGUUAAUUUCUCAUGAUGCUCUAAUAUAUAUGAUGUUGUAAUUAUAUUGGUUCUGACUCUAUUAAUUUAAAUUUUAUGAUAAAUUUAAGUGAUGUGAUAUGGACCUUGGCACUAACUGUAAAAGCCAAGAAAAUGAAUGGGUAAAAAAACAACCCUGAGAAACAUAUUAACUCUUAAAUUUAAGAAAACAAUCUAUUUUCAACCUUUGGACACUUUUUUGUCAGCAAAAUCCAUGUUUAUUGACUGGGGAGCAUUCCAGUGAGUUAUUCUAGAUAAAUGAAAAUAAUAAAUUUGUAAUUAAAAUACUACAGUAUUCUUUCAUUUGUUUGCAUAGCUCUUUUCCUGUAUAGCAUGAUGUAAUACAGACUAGAGAGCAUAUUUUUAUUCAGGUAUAUUUUCAGUAAAACAUAAUAUUGAAAUUUAAAAUGACUAACCUUAAGUCAUUUUAAUUUACCUUGACUUUAAAAGGUCAUUUUUAGAUUUUUUUUAGUAGCUCUAGGUACUAACUUUACCAUGUGACUAAAUUGCUUCUGAAUUUUUAAAAACUAUGUUUCAUUUUUAAAGGCUUAUUUUUAAGUGGAUUAUCAUGCAAAGUUAUAGCUCAAUUACUUUCCCAAAGUUAGUAGUAGUUAUUUCAUUAACAUGUGUGUGUGUAUUAACCAGUGUGCUGAAGAAACUGUCAAUUUGUCCUGCCUAAGUAUGAAGGCAAAGCUUUGAAAAUGGUGUAGGAUGACCUGAACUUCAAUUAAGACAAAUAUUCUGUAUUUUGUCAAGUUGUUGCAGUGUUAGGGAUGAGAGCCUCAGAAAAGUUUUACUGACAAGGUAGAGCUAAAAUUUCAGUGGGCAACUGGGCCAAGAAUGGCCUCAGGCUUAUUCCUUUAAUAAACAGUGGCCACAACCUUGUAGGUGCUGCAAUUCCAUAAUAGUUAGUAUGGUAAAUCUCUUGUUUUAGAAAAAUUUUGCUGCUUAAAGCUUUGCUUUUACCAGUGAUCUCAGUAUUUGUAUUGCCAAGCCUUGCUACACAGAAACAUGGCCUAUUUCACUCAGGAUUGCUUGCUUCUCUUACUGAGAAGAGAUGUCUGAAGUCUACUAGGUGUACUAAUAUAUAUAUAUAUAUAUAUAUAUAUAUUCAUACACAUUUUAUAUUCACAUAUUUAUAUCAUUUUUUACAAUAAUACAUUAUAAAAAUUACUUACUUAGAUUCUUAUGUCUUGUUCUGUCUGAAGGUAUGAAAUAGAGAGUUGUUCAAUAUAUUGAAUGUCUUGUUUAAAUAUGCCAUAAGUGUACCCGAUAGGCCAAUUUUUGAUCAUUGACACUAGUUUCUUACUCUGUCUAGAAUCAGUUUACCUGGUUUUGCCAUCAGAUGAAGUAGCUGAUUAAGAACAAAAUUGUUGAAUUUGUAAAUGAUAAUUCUAGUAGAAAUGGAAAGCUUUGGAUAGCUAAUUUGGAGUGCAAAUAACAGAAUAAAUGUUAUUCAUUCAUGUAUUCAUUCAACAAACAUGUUUGAGAAUUCACUUUGUAAAAGCCACAGCCAGUGGGCUUCAUUUAUGCUUUGGAUAUAUUCGGUUUGAAAAUCUUCAUAGUAUCGCCUCUUUGUUAAUCUCCUGUGUCUUUUACUUGGAAUGACAUUAUUAUUUGUAACACAAACCUGUUCUAAUAUCACGUAGGUAUAUAUACUGUGUGAAGUCAAGAAUACUAAGUUGGUAAAAUGCUCUAGAAAAUAUACAUUUAAAUCUGAGUAUCUAAUGCCUCAAGCAAAUUUGCUAGCAUUUCAGAUGAAUAUAUAUUUUUGUAACUGCCAAGUAAAUAAGUAGAAUAUAGCUUUUUGUUUAAAAAUAUUUUUAUAAGUAUUCAUCUAUACAGUAUUCAUUAUUUUGAACAUUUAAAUAUCAGAUUGGUUCUAUAAAUAGUGAUUCUUCUGAAUAUAUCCAUAUUUAACAUUACAUAACACCCAAAAUGUAAUGACAAAUGUCAUCUGAAUGUGUUAUUAGAGUAGUCUGGUUUUUUUUCCUUUGUAAAAUAUACAUGUAACAUAGUUUCAGUCACUCGGUAUUUUAUGUAUGGUUAAAACAGAUCAAGUGUGUUAUGUGUUUUAUAUCAUGUAUUUUUGUCUGCAUAAAAUACUAGAAUAGUAACAUUGUACCAUAAAUGUCAAAAAUAAUAAAGUGAAAUGUAGUAUGACCA